CUUGCCACCUUGGGCCGCCAACUAGCUCGCUCCCUUGUCUCCUCCAACUCUCCAUCUCAUCGUCAUCAAAAGCCGCCACCUCGCGGCAUCCCCCUCUCCACUCUCUCUCUUCCCCUCUCUCUCCCCCGCUCCCCCUCGUCCAGCAUGUCGUCCCAGGAGGAGACCGAUCACGCCAUCGAGAUCUGGCGCUACCGCAAGUUGCUGCAGAUGCUCGCGGCAUCGCGCGGCGCCGGUACCUCGUGUAUUACCCUCAUUCUGCCGCCCCGCUCGCAGAUCUCGCAGGCCGCAAACAUGCUCACGACCGAGUACGGCACUGCGUCCAACAUCAAGUCGCGCGUGAAUCGGUUGUCCGUUCUCUCCGCCAUCACCUCGACUCAGCAGAAGCUGAAGAACUACUCGCGCGUUCCCGACAACGGUCUCUGUGUCUUCGUCGGCACGGUUCUCAACGAUGAGGGCAAGGAGAGGAAGAUUUCGUUCGCGCUCGAGCCGUUCAAGCCCAUCAACACGUCGCUGUACAUGUGUGACUCGCGUUUCCACGUCGAAGCACUGGAGACGUUGCUCGAGACGGACUCGAAGUGGGGCUUUAUCAUUAUGGACGGUAACGGGUCGCUCUUCGGCACCCUGUCGGGCAACACGCGUGAGAUUCUCUACAAGUUCAGCGUCGACCUGCCCAAGAAGCACGGCCGUGGUGGUCAGUCCGCGCUGCGUUUCUCGCGUCUGCGUGAGGAAGCGCGUCGCAACUAUGUGCGCAAGGUCGCCGAGUUGGCCGUCCAGCACUUCAUCACCGCCGACAAGGUAAACGUCUCGGGCCUUGUGUUGGCAGGUUCGGCCGAGCUCAAGACCGACCUGUCCAGCUCGGACCUGUUUGACGGGCGUCUCCUCGCCAAGGUCGUCAAGGUUGUUGACGUGUCGUACGGUGGCGAGAACGGCUUCAACCAGGCCAUCGAAUUGGCUGCGGACUCGCUUGCCAAUGUCAAGUUUGUGCAGGAGAAGAAGCUCAUCCAGAAGUACUUUGACGAGAUCGCCCUCGACACGGGCAAGUACUGCUUUGGCAUCAGCGACACGCUCAAAGCGCUAGACAUGGGUGCCGUCGAGACCUUGAUCGUCUGGGAGGGUCUCGAAACUGUCCGCAACGUGCUCCGCAACGCGGCCGGCGAAGAGGUCAUCGUCUUCUCCAACCCCAAGGACACGGACCGCGAACAGUUCAUCGACAAAGCGACCGGCACGGAGAUGGAGGUCGCGGCCGAGGCCAAGCCGCUCCUCGAGUGGUUCGCGGAGGAGUACAAGAACUUUGGUGCCACGCUCGAGUUCGUGACCAACAAGUCGCAGGAGGGCUCGCAGUUCGUCAAGGGCUUUGGCGGUAUCGGUGGUCUGCUCCGCUACAAGGUCGCGUUUGAGGACCUGGGCGACUUUGACGACGACGACGACGAGUUCUACGGCUCGGACGAGGACUCGGACAUCUAAACAUGGCCCGAUGGCGCGCCGCGUGCCGGCACGAGGCCGCCAUCGGCCCCCCGGCACCGCGCGCGCGUGCGCGUGCGUGGUGAGCUACCCGCCGGCUAAAUGUAGGCCGUGCACCAUCUUUGGUCAUGUUGUUCACUUCGUAAGCAAUGCAUAGAUAUCUGUAGUCUGUGGGGUUGCAGGGAUGGCUCGCGGCAUGCGUGGUAGUUUAAAGCAUCGUCCACCCGAGUGACCAGCCGCUGCUUGCGUGCACUGGAAACCUGACGCAU